CUGAGAGCCGCCGUGCGAACACUGGAUCAUCAGACAAGGCAGAAGAUAAACAAGUAAUAAGACUGAGUAUUUUUGCACAAACCCUAGUGCAUAUUCGCCGGCUGAGGCUCGCUAACACCCCGCCGGCCCUAUGCUCCACCCGGCAUGGCAGAGAGAGCCGACAAUGAGGUGGAGGAGGCAGACCAGAUCUACCUGCUCAUGAAGGAGGACUAUCGGAUCUCUAGGAAUGUGCGUCUGGCGUGGUUCCUUGGUAAACUUAACCAAGUCAUCUGGCCUGCCUCACAGCCAGAAGUGCUGAACUCAGAAAAUGAACUGGACUUGCUGAGCAUCUUACCUAAAGGAUGGCAGCCAGAUUUGUCCCCCAACACUUACCCCUGCGUAUUGAUGCCGUCCACUCGGGCUACUUUCCUGGCCCGGAGAUACCGCUUCAUCAUCGAGCUGGACCUCAGCCCCUCCACAGGGAUUGUGGAUGACAGCACAGGAGAGAUGAUCUUUGAUGAGGUGUUUCACGCCUUGUCAAGGUGUCUGGCUGGUCUGGCUCAACCUUUUAAAGUCCCUGGAACUGAUCAGCUUUUCAAGCCCAAGAUCUUCGUCACCAUCUUGGCAUAUUCGUCAAUUAUUGGCCUCACUUCACACCAGGUUUUGGUUCAAGGAUGUCAGCUUGACAGAACAGACCUUGAUGAGUUCCUGCAUCAUAUCUAUCAGCAGCUCAGAGCGCUGGAGAGCAACAUCGCUGAAGUCCUACAUCAGCAGCAUGAACAGUCUGUGGAGCCAACACAAAGCUCAGCUCACCAUAGCAACAACCUGGACGACCAGCCGUACCGGAAGCAGGGCAUUUCCAUGGUGUCAGCAGAUAUGGGUCUGGUCAGUAUGGUACGUCAGGGCAUCCUGGCCCUGCAGCUGCUGCCUCCAAACUCCAGUGCAGGUAUCAUCAUAAUCACAGAUGGAGUGACAAGUGUUCCAGAUGUAGCCGUAUGUGAAACUCUGCUGAACCAGCUCAGGAGUGGAACCAUUGCCUGCUCAUUUGUGCAGGUUGGCGGUGCGUACUCCUACGACUGCAGUUUUGGCUACAUCCCCAACGUAGAGCUGAUGAAGUUCAUCUCAUUAGCCACCUUCGGCUCGUACCUGCCCAGCUGUCCUGAAGUGGACCUGGACAGCUUAGAGAUGAAUGCCUACCACAAGGCCUUCUUAACAUAUUCCUUCCUCAAGACUCCUGAGUCUAUGAACUCCGAGUACUUCUGUGUUUCACAGCACAAACUGUUCAAUGAGCACCUGGUAUCAGCCAGUGGUAACCCUGCCCUGGUCAUGAGGAGGAAGAAGCACACAGAGAAGGAAGUCCAUGCUCAUUUAGUCAGCGUGGUGUCAGUUCGACUGAGGGAGGGCUACACCAUCAGAGAGAUCAGCCUCACUAAAGGUGGGACUCAGCUGGAGGUGAAGCUGGUGCUGUUAUGGAAGCACAACAUGCAUAUCGAGUACCUAGCAGCCGCCUCCUGGCCGCUGGACCCCUCCAAGAGAACCACCAGGGUGGAGGUGACGAUGGAGGGAAGCUACGACAUCCUGCACGACAUCAGCUGCACCCAGAGGAAACCCAUUACCAGUCCGUACCGCACCUCCGUCAUCCGCCGCUUCUGGAACACACUGCAAAGCAUCAACCAGACUGAUCAGAUGUUGGUGCAUCUUCAGUCGUUUAAUUCGAUUCCUGAAAACUACACGAUUCCCGAGAGCACCAAAAAUGGAGUUCCUCUUUUCUACAUCCCUCCUGGCUCUACGACUCCGGUCCUGUCUUUGCAGCACAGCGGAUCCAAAGACUCCUCUCAGUCCCAGUUUGCAUCAUACUGGAAACCCAUCCUCUCCAUGGAUGCCAACUUCUGGCAGAGAUGGCUGCACAUGCAUCGCAUUGCUAUCAUCCUUGAACAUGACAUACCUGUCCCCAAACACCUGCACACAGCUGGAAACAACGGACGCUACAGCACCAUUCAGUGUCGCAUCUCCCACUCUGCCCUCACGUCCCUGCUGAGGGACUGCAGCAGCUUUGUGCUGGUGGAGGGUUACUCAUAUGUUAAGCUCAUAUACAGUUCAUCUGAUCAGCCUCCCACCUCCUUCUACCUGGUUCGUCUCAUCUCCAAGACACCCUGCAUGGUGCUGCGUCUGGGCUUCCCUAUUGGUACACCAGCCCAUGUCAGAAACAAGAUUGUGGACGAGCUGCGAGAGCAAAUCCUCAAACUUCGCUUCCCUCAUCGUGUUCAAAACAAAGAGGCGACGCCUAAGACAAAGAGGAAGAUUGUUGGCCAUCCUUCUCCAUCUAAAUCUCCCUCCAUCCCUGUACCCAAGCCUGCGCUGUCAGACAGACCCUGUGUGGUGGUGCUCAAUAAACCUCUGGAGAAGCUGCUCAUACGGUAUGAGAAGCUGCCGCUGGACUUCAGGACUCCGUUCAUUUUCAACAUGGAGAAUUUCCCGCUGCCCUCCAACAGUGCCAUGCCCCUGAGCAUGGCGGCCAACCGGACGGCCUCCUCCACCCUGGCGUCUCUGUCCCGGUACUUCCUGCACCAGCGGUGGGUUUGGGCCGUGCAGAGCAGCCAAGGACCAGCGGUGGCCACCCAGGCUGUGGCUCACAUCCUGUCCAUGCUGUCUGAGAUCCGAAUAUCAGAAGGCUUCCACUUUGCUGCCAGUGGCGAAGGCAUCAUUAACAUGGUGAUUGAACUGCCAGUAAAGGGCAUGCCAGGUGACAUGGACAGAGAGAGUCACUCAUGUAUCGUCCAGUAUAUCCUCUUUCCACCUCACUCUACCUCGACUAAGGACAGCUUCUCCACGGACGACGACAAUGACACCGAGGUGGAGGCUGUGGACAUGGACACGGAGCUUAAUCUUGUGACUGAAUGCUGGGUGGAGCCACAGAGCGGCACGGUGAUGAACUGCAUGGACCAGAAUCGCCACUUCCAGGGCCUGAAGUACCAGGAGAUCCCUCAAGCAAUCUUUCCGAGGGAUCUGGCCUGUAUGUCCACCAUGAUGACCUUUGAGUAUUUAAGCCAGCUGUGUCAGAACAAGGAUCAGGUGUGUUCACUGCCAGCUGGACUCAAGGAUAUGCGAGGAGAUGCCCCGACCCCUGAGGACAGCAUCCACAUGGUUCCUUUCCAGUUUGACCUCAUUCAGCUGCUUCCAAAGUGUCAGCAGGUCGAACUCUUCUUCCUCACAUUCAGUACAGCGGUGGAGAAUGAGGAGCAGAUUCACAGCUCCCCCUGUCUACCCAACGAACUCCUGCUCAGCCUCUUCCACAGCAGCCUGGAGCACGAGCUCAGCGACAGGGAGAUCCCGUUAGCCGGCCGUGACCAUGCUGCCUUCAUGCACCACAUCUUAGAGCGAGAACGAGAUGGCCACAUCGCUCCUUUCUCUUUACCUGUUAUCAAAGAGGAAUGUGCGAAGCCUCCAGACCGACAGGACACUAUGACUUCAUUCCACACCACUGGCAGCAGCAAAGAGGUGAUGGGAUCUACAAGCACUUUACAGAGUUUCAGUAAUGCAGACCUGGUGGAUGAAGAGCCACUGCUGUUGGAGAGGAGCUGCUCAACGCCGCAGUGGAGGUGCUACGCCAAGUACAUCAGCUCCCAGCAGCUCCUCCUCACCUUCCUCCCUGCUACCUUCACAGAUGUUCUAAUGCUGAUGGCGUCUGGUCUGGAGACGGAGCCUCGGAGUAACAUCAGCAUGCAGGAGGAUGAUACUCUGACUCCCAGCAAUAAAUCUCAGGCUGAUUCCCUGUCUGGUUCCACCACUGGCUUGGAGGGGUUCGAGUCUGGCCUCAGUCUGGCCGGUAAAAUGCGAAGGAGCUCCAGCAGUGGACCCUUUACUGCCAGAUCACCUCUGCUCUCACCUGCAUCAGAGGGCCUGACUGGACCUGUCGUCUCUCAGGUCCUGGACCAGGAGAGCUGGGACAACAGAGUAUCAGAGACAGAGUCUGGGACACCAGGCUCAGAACUGGGAGAAAAAGAGGGAGUCCAGUUCUCUGAACCACAGAAGGCAGAUCUCCACAUCAGCUUCAGUAGGCAGAUCUCCCAGCAGAGCACCAGUGACGGCUGCCAGUUAAAGUGUCCAGUUUAUGUCUACAACUGCUCACUAGAGCAUCUGAAAGAGCAACUGGUACAUCCCAACUCCAGCCGCCAGCCCAGGGACAUCUUCUUCAGAGCUCAAGAUGCAGAAUCCUGGGAGAUGUAUCAGCAGAUGAAGUUCAGGUCUCUGUCUCAGGACCGCAGCAGUCCGUCCCCUUGGACAGACCUCCUGGCUCAGCCUCACAAACACAAGGAGCUGGCCCAUUAUUGCAGCCUCCUCCAGGAACAUUACCACCAGAGCUACGUCAAAGGUGUUUACCGCAGCCUGCAACAGUCCUACAACGUCAGCUCCCAGGACGUCCUGAUGGCCAUGGACUACUGUGAGGAGUCGCUGCAGGAGAUCGACAUCACCUCCUUCCUGGGGACGCUCUGUGGACACAUCCGGGUGUUCAGGGAGCACGGGAACGCGGCAGGAUGGGGAGGGAAUCCCAAACCUUCAACUAGUCCCGCCACGUUCCUCAUGGGAGAGGUCGAGGAGGAUCAGCCAGAUGAAAGGGCUGCAGUCGCUUCAUCAUACAGUAGUAUAGAAAUGGAGGACACCAGUGAAGCUGAAUCUAGAGGGAAGUCCUCUGCUCCUGCAUCUCCACUGAUCCUGGAUGAAGCCAAGGCAGCCAAGAUCCCACAGUUCCCUCUGACUCUGCUGCAGACACAGCCCAAGUGUGAAGUGUACCCAGAUCUGCACAAAAUAAUACAGGAUAAAUUCCUGGAAGUCCUGUCUCAGUAUUUCAAAAGCGUUCCCUCCAAUCCACACUACUUUUUCUACUGCCCGCCUUCAUCCAAGAAAGAGGAGGACUCUGAGGAUGGGGAGAUUGAGAGGAGACCCAGUGAAGACCUGGUGUCAGAGGCCGAGCCCGCUACAGAAGAUGAAAAUGUAUCGGGCUGCUGCAUCAUGACGGAGAGCGACACGGACCUGGUGGUGGAGUAUGAGGAGCCUCUGGCCACCAACUCUCAUGGGGAGGGUGAAGACCAGUCCCUGUCAGACUCCAACACCGUCAACCAGGACCAGGACUCCUUCAGCAUCCUGGAGGGAGACUCCCUGCUGGAGCCGGAGGGACCGCAGUUGGACAUGCCACCGCUGUUUGUCCACGUCACCUGCUCCGUCAAUAUGAAAAGCUGCCACGGUUCCAUGCCCAUACAAACACUGCCUACCUGCCUUGGUGAGAUUAUUUCCUGCCUGGAGAAUGCUGAGGCCUUCCAAUCUGUGGAUUUGAAUGAGCUCUCAAUCACUCUGGAUAUUUUUGUCCUGACACUACCUCUGGAGAUUGAAGUCAUGGCUGAGUUCCAUCAUAACAGAUACACCUCAGAGAGCAGCGUAUCCUUGAAUCGUUCACCUGGACAGCCCUCCUCCUAUCGCUCUGACGAGGAGCUGAUGGCGGUGUUGGACAGUCUGAGGGGAGGUGGAGUCGACGGGGUUUCUGGUGAUCCCUUAUCCAAACUCCCACUUCCUCACAAGUUAGCAAUUCUUGCCACAAUGGACGAGAUCCGCUGGCUGCUGGAGGAUGAGAUCGUCUCUGCUCUACGUCACUCUCGGGUCAUCGGCUCGGCCACGCUGCAGAAAGUAGCGGAGCACGUUUUACGCUCCAGCGGUCGACCCCACUGUCACUGUGAAGAUGUUCCACUUCAGUUUGUUUUCGGGCCUGAACAGUCUCUGGAAAAAUUCAAAGAGGAGUUCCGUAGAAUGUCAUUCUCUGGCUACGUGCUGAAUGGAGAACAGGACCACUUCUACUACAUGUCCUUGAGCAGGCUGCAUCCACAGAGGAUCCACGCCACCAAAAGACUGUCUGAGAGCACCACAGAACCCCCACAAAACCCCUGUAGUGCUGGAUCUCAAGUGGAGGCUGUGAUUCUGGAGAGCGAGACAGAGACUCAAGCAGACAGCGAGGGUGAGGACAAGAAGUCCAUUAGUGUUGCUGCUGAUGCUCCCUGUGACACAACUGCAGAAGCCAGUGAACCAGUCAGAGCCUUGAAGCCUGAAGCAGAUGACAAUGUCAGCAUGGCGGGGGACAGAGGUCAGCUCAGUACCCCUCAGCUGCAGACUGAGUGCUGCACUGAGCCCAACACUCCCCCCAAAACGCCGUCCAGCGUCAGCCUGGCUGAGUCCAUGCAGUCGGCCUCUCACAGCUGCGGCAAACUCAGGCCAAGUCGAGUUCAGAGUGUCGUCUCCAGCCAGGGCAGCCUGGACUCAGACAUGCAGGGUUAUGAUGGCGGCAGCAGCGACUCAGAGUGUGAGAGCCCCAUUCUGGAUGAGCAGGAGUGUCAGUCGCCACUGAUGCCCGACUUCUGGCUCAUUGUUAAGAUCCACCAGGACAGAGUGAAGGUUUACUCCCAUUCCAGGUGCUUCACAGAAGAGAAAGCGGUCAGUGCUGAGGAGUUGGAGAAGAAGGAGGAAGAGCAGGAGCUGCCUGAAUAUUUACAACUGCAUCAGAUGGUGGUCAGGAAGAUUGGAGAUAUCUGCAGAAUAGUUAACCAGCGUAUGCUGCUGCAGGAUCUACAUGACAGCCAUGUGUGCAACACUCUGCUGGUGGCUGAGAGUGAAGAAGACAUCUGGAAGAACGAGUCUCUCUACAAGCAGAGACUCCACACCUCUGAUGAUUACAACACAGAGGAGAGCUACCAGGCCAGAGACUAUCUGGCAGCCACCAUGCAGUUCAUUCCAGGACAUUUUGCCUGUGAUGUGGUAUGGAGCACGAUCAUCCACAUUCACCCACGUCUCAAGAUGGGACCCAACAUGGGCGUGUCCAGGGCGAUCCAAGCCUUGCGCUCUGUGCUCAACUCCUUCUGUGUGGUCAACAGAAAGAACAUGUUCGUUUACCAGGAACGGACAACAAAAUCAGUCUUCUACCUCAGACUUUGUGAAACAUUACUAACAGGGAAAUACUCUGAUGUGGACGGAAACCUCCACAUGAGUCGAUCCAUUGGACUCGCCAGGAGUCAAGAGCCUUCGUUUUCUGAGGACAUCAUGGGCUCCAGGUCUUCUCUUGAAGGCUCCCGGCCAGUUGGACAGGUAGACAAGCACAUCCUGCUGCUGGUGCAUGGAGUGGGAAAUGCAGGUCCAGAGAUCACAGAUGAGCUGGUCAAGGUUUUGCGUAAGCGCCUGGAUGAGACCACCCUGGACAUCAUCACCGUCAUGCUUGUCAGGAAUUGCAAGCUGACUCCAGCUGAUGUGGAGUUCAUCCAGCCGUCAGGAUCUCCAGCCACCGAGGUGAUGACCUUCAGCCUCCCCCAGUACUGCCUCCCCUGGCUGCCCGCUGUGGCUCACUACCUCAGGCAGAACCUCCUCAUCUUCCUGCAUGUGCCCAAGUACACUGACAGCAACACAGCACACCACUUCAAGCACUACUUUCAUUUGAGCAGUGACUUGGCUGACGGUGAUAUCUACCUCUACAAUAAGCCUGGAGGCCAGGGGACGGGAGGCAAAGGUACCAUGUCGGAGCUGGUUCAGCAACUCUUCCCACCUUCUCAGUUUAAAGGUAUCGCCUGCAUCGCCCUCUCAUUUGUCGACGCCCACGGUCGGCCCCUUCAGCUUCCAGCUCAGGACUGUGCCGCUUUGCAGAAAUCAGAAAACUGCACCAUCCCUCUCGAUCCAGACCAUUUUGAUGAGCUGACCACUGUGGUUAAAGUGGAAUCCAUCAAUGUCAGCUCAGGUACAGAGCCACAGCUGUAUGUGCGCUUUGACAUCUGGGAACAAGGCAACGUCAGCCCCUUACAGCUGAGCGACAAACUGCAGGGGGCGCUGCGCCACGCACUCUGUGAUGUUGUCAUGGAGCUCAGAGUCUUACCAAAUCCUCUUUGUAUUGGAGUCCACUGCCCAGCCACCAAAGCUCAGAAAGAAGAGGCUAAAGGAUUUCUGAUUCCUUUGCCUGAGGUGAAAGAAGUGAAGGACAGCCCCAGGCAGCGCAGUGGCUCUCGGGUCUUUAAAACCAGCCCUUCUCCAAUCACUUUGAUCCAAGGAGCUGUAGGAAGCACCCCAGUGACAGGGACCAGCACACCUGAGUCCACCACACCCACCGGCAGGAGCACCCGCCGGAGUUUCUGGGAUAUACUGAGUAAGCCAGACUCGACAGAGCUUGGAAGCCCCAAGACAACUGAUGACAUAGUGCAAGAGAAAGGAGAGGAAGGCCGAGCGGCACGACGGAGGCACAAGACGGAGAACGUGAAGCAGCAGUGGAGUCAGGAGAAGGCGAUGGCCGUGGAGCUGGAGCAGGCCCAGAGGAGGCAGGCGUCUCAAUUGGAGGAGGGAGAUGCAGGCACUUUGCACCCUGUUUACCAGGAUACCUGUCAGCCGUGGAUCACCUUCAUGGCUAAACUCGGCUGCCCCUCCAUUCAGCAGUGCACGGCUGAAAUAGCUUCACAUUUCCUGCUGCCUUCCAUCUUGGCAGAGGUUGUGAAUUUGGUCAGUUCUCUGGCGAGUGAUACAUCAGUGAAGGCCUUUGAAAAGACAAGCUGCCCUGCAGCUGGAGACGUAUUUGUACCAUUCACACUGGUUCAGAAUCUCAGCCAGCCUCCAGACGCUACAAGGAACUUCAUUCUCAUUGGCCGUAACUUCCACCAGUGGCACUGCAGCACAGAGCAAGAAGACAGUUCAGAUGAGGAAAACACCCCAGUGCUAAAUAGGUUCACACCUCAUAAGGGCUUCCAGCGCUUCGAGGCUCUAGAGCAGAGUGAUUGGGUCGGUCCCAGCCAGACCGGGGCAGGACUGGCUCCCCGCCAAAGGUUCCUCUUCAUCAACAUCCUGGACAAAAAGGUGAUUCUGUACAGCUACAACUGGUCUGUGGACCUCGGCGCCUCUCUGAACCGCGAGCUGGUCCGCCUGGUUAAAUGGCAGAAUGCGAGGGCUCAUGUUGUCCACUGCCUGUUCAACCAGAAGAUGGGCCUCUUCCAUCACUACUGCUUCUCCGAUGCACCCAUCCAUGAAAUGGACUCCAAGCAGGAUCCCAACCCCUUCCUCGGCCCUUCCAUGGAGCCUGAUGCCUUGCUACGUAGUGCCAUUCCUCCUCUGCCCAGUAAAGAGCAGGGCAGGCUGGGAGGCUCUGGCCGAAGUCUCGCUCCGCUCCACUUUCCGUCUGAGCUGCUUCCCUUUGACGAAGCUCUGAGGGAUGUCUGCACCAUCAGACCGUUGAUGGACGGAGAUGUGGUGGCCCGACAUGGUGGCCAACUCUUGGAGAUAAAAGCUGCUGAGCGGAGAGAACUGGAGAAACAGAUGAAGAUAGAGAACCUGUUUGUGACGUGGCAGCAGAGGUCGGCACAGUCCAACAUGCCCAUUUCAGGAACAGACUUGGAGACACUGAAACAGUCAUCCAGGCUGGUCCACUACUGUGCCACCCCUCUCCUCUUUGACCCCAUCUUCCGCAAACAGAUCCAGGAAGAGCAGAUUAUUCAGCCUGUGGUGAAGAAACGGCAUCGCUCUAGCGACUCCACAGCGUCGGGUCGAGACCGGAGCUACAGCACUGACUCAGCGGACAUGUUGCCCAGCCGAUUGAAGGAGGAACCCUGGCUGCUUGAGAUUUCUAGUACCUUCCUCCAGCAGUACGUCCAAUACCUGCAGAGCAUGGGCUUCAUUCUGGUGCAGGUCCGCCCUCAGUCUCCAGCUCGCAGCAUCGCCCGGACUCGUGCUGCCAUGCUGAACUCCAUGUCAUCAGAAGGCAGGAUGUCUUUUUCUUAUGUGAAGCAGAAGAGCGAGGACAGCCCUAAGACGACAGCAUCUGGCACAACUGCAUAUCACCUCCAGAGGGCGCUACCGGGAGGGAUCGUGCUGAUGGAACUGGCUUUUCAGGGGUGUUACUUCUGUGUGAAGCAGUAUGCACUGGAGUGUUCCCGCAUUCCCAUGGGGCAGACGGUCAACUCCCAGGGCAGCCUCCUCACCAAACCUCGUUGCAAGCCGUUUCCAGAUGCCACCCCAGUAUCUGACUGUGCGCUCUCCAUGCUCUUCACCGAGGAGUGUGAUAAAGUGCGGGAUCUGAUGCACGUCCACUCCUUCAGCUACGACUUCCACCUGCGAGUGGUUCACCAGUAUUUGGUCGGCUGCCACAUGACACUGCGCCAAGGCUACCAGCUCACUGACUUCCUUGAUGACUUCAUCUCCCAUCAUCCAGACAUUCCCAAGUUUGGCCGCAACCACGUCUUUCAAGGUGACUUUGGGAGCUUUUCCAUCUCUACGGGAAUGAUAACAGCUCACCAGCUCUACAACUACAUCACUGACCACGCCAGCACGUACGGUAUGAAGCCGCUCCGCAUGUCCAAGGCUGCAGUCGCUACCGACAACAAGAAAGGGAUGCCUGAGCUGCAUGAGUACGCGCUGGUGGCUUUGUGGAACAGUUCGGGCACCUACAAGGAUCUGGAGGGUCUGCAUCAUCACGAUGACUUUGACGUGUCACUGGUGGUGUGCCAUAAUGCUGCUCCGUUUGAGGAGCAGUCAGACGGAGAGAGGCAUUUGCUGAGGUUGCGGUUCUAUGUGAUCAUGACCAGUCAGAGGGAGCUGUUCCCUCGUCUCACCGCUGACAUGCGCCGCUUCAAGAAGCUUCCUCAGAUCCACCGUGAUCCAGCAGAGCUGGGUGGGCGACUCUCCCAAGAUCGAGCAGAGACCUCCGGAUCACGGGGGGCUGAGCAGGACCUCUGGGAGGAAACUUCUUCAGAAGCUGCAGCCGCCUCUGCCCCGAGCGACGGCAACGAGUUUUAUCCUCUGGCAGGGGGUGGACCAGAGGCUCAGGGUUUGCUCUAUGCCUCCCCUCUGUUCCCGCUGCUCAACAACGAGGUGGCGUCCGCCCGCAGACAGAUCCAAGCCAGUGUGGAACAGGCCAUGGGUCACUGCCGCAGGGAUAACCUCUGGAGGAGGCUGUUCCACGGAGAACAUGUGGCCCUGGACAAACUGAAGCUGGCAAAACUGUCAUUCAGUGAGCUGGAGGAGCUGCUGGAGGCGGUGCAGAGCCGAUCAGUGGGGGAGAUCGACCCACAACUAGACUGUUUCCUGACCAUGAGUCCAGCCUGGUACCAGAGUCUGAUCAAAGUCCUGCUGAACCGCUUCCCCCAGAGCUGCAGACACUUCGACGACAACGGCAUCCAGUACCUGGCUGUUCUAAACCAGAAGUUCACCGACUGCUUUGUCCUAGUCUUUCUGGACACCCAAGCUGGAAAAACUAGUUUAAAGGUUGUGUUUCGGGAGCCUUUGCCAACACAGCCGCAGGCCAGCGGUAGCCCUCCUCCUCAGCUGGUGUCCAUGUACCAUCACCUGGAGUCUGUCAUCAACACAGCCUGCUACAACCUCUGGACAGGACUGUUAUAGAGCUGGGCCUACCUCGACUCAUGCCCACAACUGACACAAGGAAAAAGAGAGCAAGAAGGUCUAGAGAGGGUUCAUUUGGAGGAACCCCUCUUGCCAGAUACUCUCCCAGCAGCUACAUCACUCUCUGUGGAGCUGAGCUCAGCUUGCUGUGAUGGAGGAGCAUUUUGCUGGUCAGCAAUGCUACUGUAUUUAUACCACAGUCUGUCUGUGUCCACUCUGAAUGGAUGUAACGGAAACAGACCUUGUGAGUUGCUCCCAGUUCCUUUCUUUCUCUAAAACUGAUGUAGAGUUCUUGCAUCAGUUUGCUCCACCUACCCCAAACUAAAACAAAAUAUCUUCGGACUGCUGUGCAGAAAGUCUCCAUUAACUGGUUCAGUAUCAGCCUUAAGUCUCUGAUUUAUGUGCUUCAAAUAUAAAACCUAAAGGAAAGUGAUCAGAGCUGCCACAUAAAACUGAGCAGACACUGUUUUUUAUAAAUGUCUCACAGUCACAAAACACAUUUUUAUCAUGUUAUAUAAGCAGGUUGUAAUGUGUCCUGUGAUAUUUAUGCCCACAAAUCAACUGACUCACAUUGAGCUCACACUGAAAGUUAGCACAGAAGCCUCGAUCAUUUCUGCGUUUUGAUGAUUCUAACACAAUUCAAACACUAGAGUCUUCAAACAAAGGGAGAGAAAGGCAGAAUACUUUGUGUUUUUCUACCUUUAGCCAAAACAUGCAAAAUAAUGUUUAACUCUCUCAAUCCCAAAAGGUCAGGUUUGAAAGGCAGGUUCUCUUUUUAAAAAUAAUCACCAAAUUCUACCAUUUGUCAGAGCCAGAAACUGUAAUAACCGAAAGAUCUGUUAAAUCGUCAACGUUUAUAAGUCUUCAAAUGUAGUAUGUUUGACAUGUAGACCAAAUCUAACUUUAAAACUGGGAUAUAUCAUCAAAAUAACCUGAUUCCAAAUACCAAAAUAAUAAAGCAUAUGCACCAGAAUCAGUGAAAACCUAAAAAAUUCUGUGCUCCUCAGUGAAACUAAGUUGUUAUAAAUAGCUCAGCUGUGACCAACAGUUGCGUGACAAAAAUGUAGUUUUCAUGUGAAAUACAGGCUGUUUACACAGAGAAAAAGACAGGAGACUGAGAGGUAAAUAAAAUAUACUUCAUUAGUAAAAACAAAAUGCAGCAUGUCUCAGAAACAGUAUGCAGAGGAGCCAGCAAGUUGUUGGAAGAUGCAUUCAGCAUGUUGAUAUAUCCUAGAGCUGAUGGGCAGAGUAGUGUAAAAAUAGCUAGUUUGAGGUUAGAAGAGGUUAUUAAAAUGUAAGUAGUCAAAUAUCUAUAUUGUGUAGAGUCACCAUUUUUCUUUCAGUAUUCAUAACACCUGUAGGCAUUUGGAAAAAUAUUAUACAUACUGACUUCAGGCUUUUUCAGUUCCAGUUAAUUAAAUAUUUAAAUAAAUUAAUCUUUCUUUUUGGAUGAUUUAUGGCAUUAUAAGUUUGUUAUACUGCACAGAAGGCAUUUUUUUCAGUUCUCUCUACUUUUAACCUAUGGUUUUGCUGUUUAUACAGAGUUGCAGGGAUUUAUAUUUCAGUGAGAUAUGAGCCCACAAGGAGUAAGAAUGUGACAGGAGCAAAGAAAUGUAGAGUCUAGAAACUGCUUGGGGUUCAGAGAGUUAAACGAGCUCACUGCUAUUUGUCGGAGAUCUUUGAUCUUUGAUAGCCAAGUGGGAAAUCAGACUGCAGACGGCUCACCAAAACCUCUAACCUGACAGAAAUCCAACUGAUCAUCCAGCAGCCAAAUUGCUGAAAGUUCAGACAGUUAAUCAGGCGGUGUGAUAUCAACAACUUCAAAUAUCUGAUUUUAAAAUAAGUCAGAGGCUAUCGUUGAAUUGGGGCCAAAUCCACACAGUGUCUGCCCAGUUUUAUACUACAAGUAUUUCAUGAGUCAGGGUAUGACUUUAAAGAUCAUCACAUAACUACACUGAUAAAGAGACAAGAUGCUUUAGGAUUUGAUUAGGCAAUAAUCAGAGCAGCACAUCUUUAUGCUGCUGUUCUGUUGAGUUUUCACAAGCGGGGAAGUAAAGGGGGGCAGCAUCGUCGACUGCCUUCACCAACCAGGUCGUGAGGGAACCAUUAAGCCUCUUUACCAGGUGCAGUGUAAGUUGAAACAUUCAGUCAUUUGUAGUGUUUGAUUGGCUCACUGAGUGUGAAACUUGUUUUAUCAAAGCCUUGCUGCAGUCUGGUUUGGACUCGAGCUAAGAAGUCCUUGAGGUUCUCAGGGAUCCGGUUUCCCUGAGGACCUGUAGCACUGAGCCUUUUACUGACUGACUCAUCACUCUGAGCCGAUAGGAGGCAUCCCAUGAGCCUCCAGGCUGGUGGAAGGGGGGGCACCUGGGAGAAUCUCCCAAAGUUCUGAUGCUCUGAAAUGUUUUUACCAAUGAAGACGACUUUGCGGUUUUUCUCUCUCCUCAUCUGUGACAGAGAAACAUCCCAAAUGAAUAUCAGCAGAUUGGACUUGCUAAACGUGAUGCUUCAUGCUCAAAGCCAGUCGUGAGCCAGCAACGGUACACUGCUGAUUAUCUCACUGCACAAGUUUAAAACUCCUCCAGCUUCAACAGUGGGUCGGAGUCAUCUUGGAUCUUGUGCCUUUGAUAGCAUUUAGCUAGCUCUUCACACCACAUCAGUGUUGUUUUUAAAAGUAAGACACAGCUGAGGUGUUGAUGUCCUCAGUAUGAAGGCUUUUAUGUUUAAUUUUCAAAUAUGUCAAACCACUUGAACCCCACUGCCAUGCAUGGUGCCCUGAAGUGCCUUCCUCUGUUUGUUCCCCCUCCCUCCUUUUUUUUCUAUUUCCAAACUUGUGAAGUGAUGCCGUUGUCGUUCCAUCGGCUCUGCACAGGAGAUUUGUGGAAACGUACGCCGGAUGUUGUGCAGUGAAAGUGCCUGUUCAGAGAAAAGUGACAAAAUUGCCUUUCAUAAGCAAGAAAAUGGGUCACAUUAACUUUGGCGAUUUGCAUAAUAGCAUGCCACAUGUCAUCAGCACCGAGUGUUUCCAAAGCAUGUUGGGGGUGAUGAGUUUGACUUGUGUUUUCUGAAACACUGCGGCUGGUAAUCAUACCUCAGUUCGGAAUAGGGCACCGAGCAGCCCGACAUGGGACUGUUACACCACAACAUGAUAUCCACUGCAGGUCCUUCAUUACUGACAUAUUCAGCAGCCUUAGAGGUCGACACAGUUUCACACGUUUGGGCUUUUUGCAGAGCUCAGCCUGAAUGUUAAACACUGGAUAUUCUUCAUGCAAAAUGUGAACUGUAACAAUUUAGCCCUGAGCAUUCUGUCACUGUAAGAUAAACACUGCACUAACUGUAUGAUCUAUAUUGUGUAUAUACAGAACACUUUAUACAGUAUGUAAAAUGUUAAAUAAACGAGUAGGAUAAAUGAGAAUGUUGCUGAAUUGUAAAGUAAUUCAAUUAGAGGGGAAAUAAACCUGCACAAUUACAAGA